GGCCCCUCCAGCGUCCCGUUCGAAAACAACCGUCCGAGCUGUGUAUGCAUCCCCAAAAUAUCUACUUUUAUCGGCCCACAGAUCCACAAGGAAACCAAAACUCCCCACAAAUUUGAUCUGAUCAUUUCAAAAUCCCACACCCCUCUUCCAAAAUCGCGUCGUCACACCAAGAAGCUCUCGGAAUUUCGAUCUCUCCUCCCAUUUUUCCUGUCAUCGGGCGCGCAGAUUUUGACCAGUUAUCAGCUGUUCUUCUCCAGUCCCUCGAAGCGCAGAAUUUUGUUCCUUUUUGCGGCUGUUUUGAUCCGGCAGUUCUUGCGAAUCACUCUCUCCGCGGCUGACGCCCUUUUUCCGGGUUUUGCUAUUGCUGGGGGCGUAAAAUCCCUCAAGCUGGCGAAUUCGGCGUGUCCAUGGACCAGCCCGAGAGCUCUCUCCCCCAUGCCGCGGUCCAGAAGGGGCAGACCCCACGCCGCGAGGAGCUCGUGCGGCUCAUCGCGCAAUCGCUCUACUCCCUCGGUUACCGGAAGGCGGCAGCCACGCUUGAGGCGGAGUCCGGUGUGCCGCUGUACCCCCCGGAGCACGACCGCCUCCUGCUCGACGUAAUGUCUGGCCGGUGGGACGCGUGCGCGGCCACCAUUGACUCUCUUACCGGCAUUACCGAAAGGAACCGUGCGGUUGCCGAGUUUUUGGUGUGGAGAGGGCACUUCCUGGAGCUGCUGGGCACUGGGGACGCUGGUCUACGCCUUGCAAUUGAGGUGCUCUCGCGUCGGAUCGCCCCUCUUGCCAUCGACAGAAGAUGUGUGCACUGGCUGGCACGCGCAGUGGUCACGUCUGAGGGCGCGGUUGCACCAGAGGCUGUUGCUGAAUGCAGGAUUGGGCUUUUCUUGGAUUUGGUUGAGGCGUUGCCGCCAUGGUUCCGGGUGCCAAGUGGGCGGCUUGAGCAUUUGGUGGAGACCGCGGUUAUUCAGCAGGUUGCUUCGUGUAUAUACCAUAAUCUGCCGGAUGAGGUCACUCUAUUUGAGGAUCACAAGUGCCAUGAAGAGCAGAUCCCUUCUGACUGUACACAGAUAUUGUGUGCUCAUAAAAACGAAGUUUGGUUUGUAAGGUUCUCAAAUGAUGGGAACUACCUGGCAUCAUCUUCAAGUGAUUGUACUGCCAUCAUAUGGAAGGUGGAAGAAGAUGAUACAUUAACCAAGAAGUACUGCCUCGAGGGUCACAAAAGUCCUAUUUCUUUUGUUGCGUGGAGCCCAAAUGAUAGAAUGCUUCUCACUUGUGGUAAUGGGGAAUCUUUAAAACUGUGGAAUGUUGAUACUGGUGAAUGCAAUCUUAAAUUUGGUGCUGCAGUAAAACACAUCAUCGCGUCAUGUGCAUGGUUUCCAAAUUCAGAGAAAAUAGUAUGUGCCAGCUCUGAACCUGAAAGUUCUCCAAAUAUGAUUUUCACUUGUGACCUAGAAGGCCAAGAACUGGAAAUGUGGGCUGGAGAGAGAAUACCCAAAGUUAGUGAUCUUGCUGUGACACCUGAUGGCAAACAUCUAAUCUGUGUAUGUCCCAACGAAAUUUGGAUCCGAGAACUUCGGAAGGGGCGGGAAUGGAAAAUUCCUGAACGGCAGACAAUUUCAUCUCUUUCUCUUUCAGGUGAUGGACAGUCAAUGAUUGUCAACCUUAAUAGUCAGGAAAUUCAUUUGUGGAAAACCAAUGGAAGUUCUAGAGUGCCCGAUAAAUUCAAGGGGCACAAGCAAGGAAAGUUUGUGAUUAGAUCAUGCUUUGGGGGAUCAGACUAUCAUUUCAUUGCUAGCGGCAGUGAGGAUUCACAGGUGUACAUUUGGCAAAGAUGCAUGGAGAUGCCGAUAAAGGUCCUAUAUGGGCACUCAAUGACUGUAAAUUGUGUAAGCUGGAACCCUGCGAGGCCCCAGAUGUUGGCUUCCGCAAGCGAUGACCGUACAGUUCGCAUAUGGCUAGCGCGCAAAGCUCACAGUUUGACUUGAAAAGUUUUGUAUGUUUUCCCUGUAAAUAGUUGUACAUUUUGACUGUAUGCACAAACUAGUUGGGGAUCCUUUUCCCUCGUAAAGAGCUUUUAGCUA